AUGUCGGCUGCCACCAAGGUGUCUCCGCGGAUACAGGAGGUCCGGGACCUGUCGAAGCAGGACCCCUCGAAAGCCGCUAGCAGUUAUCAGAAGAUCCUCUCCGAAGGGCCAGGGUCCACAGAAGCCUCAUCGCGAGACUAUGAACAUGCAUUGAUUGGAUUGGGUCAGCUGCAUCGGGAUGCGAAGAAGCCGCAAGAGAUUGCGGACCUCAUUAAGACCAGCCGAGACACCUUUUCGUCAUUUGCCAAAGCAAAGACAGCGAAGCUGGUCCGUCAGCUCCUUGAUCUCAUCAGCGGAAUCCCGAACACCCUCGAUCUUCAAAUCGCCGUCAUCAAUUCAUGCAUAGAGUGGGCCGUCGCCGAACGACGGUCCUUCUUGCGACAGAACCUCCAAGCCCGUCUCGUCGCGAUUUAUAUGCAGAAGCAGACCUAUUACGAUGCCCUUACUCUCAUCAACUCCCUUCUUCGCGAGCUGAAGCGCCUUGAUGAUAAGUUGAUGCUGGUGGAAGUGCAAUUGCUCGAGUCUCGUGUGUACCAUGCCCUAGGCAACCAAGCCAAGGCCCGGGCUGCUCUCACAGCAGCACGAACGUCAGCUGCGUCCGUCUACACUCCUCCCAAUUUGCAGGCCGGUCUGGAUAUGCAGAGCGGUAUGCUGCACGCCGAGGACAAAGACUUCAACACUUCUUACUCAUACUUCAUCGAGGCGCUGGAGGGAUACAGCUCACUCGACGAGGGCGAGCUUGCCACGGCCACUCUACAGUACAUGCUGCUGUGUAAGAUUAUGUUGAACCUGGUGGAUGAUGUGACCCAGCUGCUCGGCUCCAAACAGGCCCAGAAGUAUGCCAGUGCACGUCUGGAGGCCAUGAAGGCUGUGGCCCGCGCCCACGCCAAUCGUUCUCUGGAGGAAUAUGAGAAGGCACUCUCAGACUACCGAUAUGAACUCGGCAGCGACACCUUUAUCCGGAAUCACCUUCGCCGCCUCUAUGAUGCCAUGUUGGAGCAGAACUUGAUCAAGGUUAUUGAGCCUUUCAGCCGGGUGGAGUUGGAUCACGUUGCCAAGAUGGUCGGUCUGGACGUCCAACAGGUGGAGCGCAAGCUGUCGCAGAUGAUCCUCGACAAGGUGAUCAUCGGUGUAUUGGAUCAAGGCUCUGGGUGUCUGAUUGUGUACGAUGAGACGGAACGUGACCAGGCCUAUGAUGCAGCGCUGGACACGAUUGAGAAGUUGAGCAAUGUGGUGGAAGGACUGUAUACUAACCAGGCCUCGCUCCUGGAGUAG